UACAAGGGGGGAGGGGAGGUCCUAAAUCAGUGGUUUUACUGCGUACGUACUUUAUGGAUGGCCCCUAAUAUUAUUAUACAUAUACUUGUUUGAAAUAAAUGGCUGUUGAAAACUGGAGUAAUUAUGACAAUUUAGUGCAGCAAUUUAAUUCGUCGUUGCAAGAUGAUAAAUUAAGAGAAAUUAUUUUUUGCUUAUGUAUGAUAACUUCAAAUGAUCGAAAUAAAACUGUUAUUAUUGGUAAGCAUCUAAAUAUAAAUAAACUUUUUGAUGUUAUUCAAAACCAGUCUAAAACUUCUUUCUCUGUAACAACUUUGGCAUUACCAGCUGACAAUUUACUUAGAAAUUUGCUUGAAGUAAUUCAUCCUCAAGAAAUUAUUUGUUCAUACAUUGAAUAUAUAGAAAAAAGUUUUUUAAUAAAUAAUGAACAUUUACAGCAAAUAUGUCUUUAUCAAAUUUAUCGUUUAGCAGAAGUAGAUACCGAUCGAUCUUUUUUUCUAUCACACCCUAAUCUUUUUAUUAUAAGUUUUCAUUAUUUAAAUAGCGAGUUUAUAAAUGUUGCCUGCUUGGCUAGAAAUAUACUUAAUAUACUUUUUAAAAGUAAAAAUAUUAAACCUGAAUGGAUGUUUUCAGAUGAAAUUCAGAAUGUUUGUAAAAGCUUAUUCAUAAGUGGUGCUAUAAAAAGAUUUCGAGUGUAUGAGGUUUUCUUUGACUUUUUAUUAAUAUAUGCAGACUAUUUAAGCAAUUGCACAUAUAUUCUUGAUAACUUGAUUAAUGAAAUUGUGGAUAAAAAAGAUAUUUUAUGUCAACUAAAUGGACUUGAAAUGUUAUUACAUCCUGCGUUUUUAAAUGAAAAUGGCAUAAAAUAUUUAUAUAGCAAAGGUAUUUACGAUUGGAUUUUGACUUUUGACUGUUCAAAUGACUCAUUGCAAGAUACAUUGCUACCAGGGAUUGUUAAACUUGUUGGAAAUAUUUGUGCUGAGUUUCCAAUCGAAAAUAAAAGUAAGUAUGAAAAGUUAGUUGGCAUCAUUUUUAAGCAUUUUGAAAAUUCUAAUUCAAGUUUAAGAUGUUUAUGUGCAGAAACUUUAUCAUUUAUUUGGUCAUGCUCAAAUGGACGUAAUUUACUUGUUAAUUCAAAUCUUGAUCGUUUGAAGUCAGUAAUGAAACAAUUUUUUUUGCUAAUAAAACAUGAAAACGAACAUAUUCAGAUAAGAGUACUUGCUGCUCUGAUUAAUAUUUUUAAUCAAGAUUUAAUGAAUCCAGAAAUCUCAUUGGUCUGUCAAACUUUAUAUAAAUGCCUUGAUCAAAAUGUUAUUUUGUUUCUUUUUAAUAUUGUAAAGCAACCUUUUUUGGAUAUCAGAUAUAAAGUUUUAAAUUUGAUGCUUAUUUUAUUGAAAUUCGAUUGGUUUGAACAAGAUGUUAUUUUCUGUCCAGGUUUUAUGGAGUACCUUUUGAAUCGAAAAACAGACCGUGAAAAUGAAGGAAAGCAAUUAAAGUACAAUAUUGUUAAGAAAUUAAUUUCUUCAACUGCUACGAAAAACAUUGGUACAGUAUUUCAUGAACGUUUAUUAAGAUAUGAUAAAGAAGGACCUUUUUUUAAUGAUGAAAAUGUUAUUGUUUCUUAUGAUUUUAUCAGCUGAUGAAUUCAAAUCCAAGAUUAUUUUUAAAUGUUUUAUGACAUAAAUUUCUGUAUCUAAUCUGCAUUUAAGAAAUUUUUCGAUAUAAAAAACA